AUGGGCCUCAACGGUGUUUUCCGAUGGCUGCGGCUGCCCGACACAGAUGUGGCCGAGUCCAACAUCUGGAUCAAUGAGGAUAUUCGGCCAAUGCCUCCGGAUCUUGCCAUUUCCAAUUGGCAACUUGGUGCAUCUCUCGUUGCUGCUGGUCUUUCCGUCUGGCAAAGUGUCAUCGCUAUCAUCAUUGGUAAAAUCAUCAUCGCUGUUGUGGCCAUUGCAAACGGAUGCGUAGGCGCAGAAUGGCACAUCGGGUUUCCGGUUGUGUCGCGUUACAUCUGGGGCGUCUAUGGACAAUACCUCAUUCUUAUUCAAAGAAUUAUCCUGAGUCUGGUAUGGUUCGCCGUCCAGUCAUGGACUGGUGGUUUGACCGUGGUCAACUGCCUGUCGGCAAUUUUCCCUUCCUUCGAAUCCCUAGGCAACGUAUUCCCAGAAAACUCCCACCUCACAACCAAGGAUUUUAUUGGGUGGAUCAUCUUCAAUGUCCUGCUUAUCCCAAUUCUAUACAUUCGACCUGAGCGUAUCCAGAAGGUGCUUCUGGCGUUCAACAUCAUCUCGUCGGUGACUCUGGUGUCAAUCAUGAUCUGGGCCCUAGCAACUGCGGGUGAAGCAGGAUCAUUGGUACGACAAGGCUCGAAGUCAAUGACCUCCAGCGAGCUUGGAUGGCAAAUCGUCCACGGAAUCACAACCGUCAUCGGGAGUAUUGCCGUGGGCUUGACGAACCAGCCUGACUACUGCCGUUUCGCCCGUCGCCCAGGCGAUCAGAUCUUCGGGCAGUGGUUCAGUAUUAUCUUCUUCGGGGCCAUCUUCCCGACAUUCGGAUGCCUCGCUGCCUCCGCAACUGGGGUCAUCUACGGCGAGCCAAUCUGGAAUCCGCCCCUGAUUGUCCAAGCAUGGCUUGAUAACAACUACAACGCCAAAAGCCGAGCUGGGGCUUUUUUCGCUGGCCUCGGUCUCUUGUGCAUCCAGCUGAGCAUCAACUCUGUCGAUAAUGCGUUCUCAGCUGGCAUGGACCUUGCUGGCUUGUUCUGUCGCUACAUCAAUAUCCGGCGCGGCGCUUACAUUGGCCUGGUGCUCAGCAUCGCGUUGUGCCCCUGGGAGCUUUUGUCCUCUGCGUCCGUCUUCAUUUCGGUGCUCUCCGCUUACAGUGUUUUUCUCGGACCUGUGAUUGGCAUUCAGAUCUGCGACUACUUCAUCAUCCGCCGGCGCAAGAUCAAGCUGUCGGACCUCUAUCAUCCUAGGUCAGAUGGAUCCUUCUACUAUUGGAAAGGCAUCAACCCACGCACCUUCGUCGCCUGGGUGUGUGGUUUCGCGACUCAGCUGCCUGGCUUCGCAGCCAGUGUCACUCCCAACAGCGUCCAUGUGGCCGAUGCUUGGAUCAAUCUUUACUAUCUCGCCUUCCCUCUUGGUUUCGCCAUAUCGUUCUUACUGCACCUUGCUAUCAACACUGUCUGGCCACCUCCAGAGGCUGGUGUAAUUGAUGAAAUGGACUACUAUGGGACAUUUACUGAGGAAGAAGCUAGGAAGAUGGGCGUGGUUACACUUGAGACGGAGAUUAUUGAGGGGUCACCGAAAGCCGUUGAAGCAAGUGGUUUCGACCAGGGUGCACGUGGUUGGCUUAAGUCAAUGCUGAAGUAG